AUCUCAUCCACGCAGCACGCAACACACGCCCACGCCUUUUCGCCCGAGCAUGAGCGUCGACGCACACGAAUCCGUCGGCGCCGCCGCGGACCGCGAGGAAGCACGAUGGAGAUAUCUCAACCAGAUUCGCAGGAACCCCGGUCCGUUUACCGAUCCGGAGGCCACUUCAGAGGAGUUUCUGGCGCAGUUUGAGAAGUUCAAAGUCUUGGUAAUGUUGGUGACGAUGGACACCCAAGGUGACCGUGAUUGCGUCCACUAACUGCGGAGCAGCGGUGCCGGAGGUCUGGGCUGUGAGAUCCUCAAGAAUUUGGCCAUGUCGCAUUUCAGGGACAUUCACGUCAUCGACAUGGAUACCAUUGACAUAUCCAAUUUGAACCGACAGUUCCUGUUCCGGAGCACCGACGUCGGCAAGUACAAAGCCGAGGUUGCCGCCAAGUUCGUCGAGAAGCGCGUCCGGGGCGUGUCCAUCACGCCGCACAACAGCCGGAUACAGGACUUUGACGAUUCCUUCUACAAGCAGUUCCAGCUCGUCAUCUGCGGUCUCGACAGCAUUGAAGCGCGUCGCUGGAUCAACGCCAUGCUUGUAAACAUUGCCGACGAGGCCGAGGACCCAGACGGCAUCAAGCCCCUCAUUGACGGCGGCACCGAGGGCUUCAAGGGCCAGGCUCGCGUCAUCUUCCCAUCCAUGACCUCGUGCAUCGAGUGCCAGCUCGACAUGCAUGCCCCGCGCGCCGCCGUUCCGCUGUGCACCAUUGCCUCCAUACCCAGACAGCCCGAGCACUGCAUUGAAUGGGCCCACAUCAUUGCGUGGGAAAAGGAGAAACCCUUUCCGACGCUCGACAAGGACGAUCCCGAACACGUCACCUGGCUCUUCCAAAAGGCUCUUGCUCGCGCCCAGGAGUUUGACAUUCCCGGGGUCACCUACUCUCUCACCCAGGGCACCAUCAAGAACAUCAUCCCGGCCAUAGCCUCCACCAACGCCAUCAUCGCCGCCGCAUGCUGCAACGAGGCCUUCAAGAUCGCCACGACGUCGGCGCCAUGCUUGGGCUUCGAGAACAACUACAUGAUGUACUCGGGCAACGAUAGCAUCUACACCUACACGUUCAAGCAUGAGAAAAAAGACGACUGCCCCGUUUGCGGGCGCCAGGCCCGGCCCCUCGACCUCGACCCCGGCUCGACACUCCAGGACCUGCUAGACUCACUGGCCCUCCGCCCAGAGGCGCAGCUGAAGAAGCCCUCGAUCCGCGCCCAGGACAAGACGCUGUACAUGCGCUUCCCCCCAAGCCUGGAGGAGCAGACGAGGGCGAACCUGGAAAAGACCAUUGCGGAGCUGGGAUUGGAGGAUGGCCAACAGGUCGUCGUUACUGACCCGGCAUUCCCGCUGGAGUUUAAUUAUUUCCUCAAGUUCAAAACAGGUUCGCAGACGUAGUCUGGUACGACGUGCCCUUUGUGUGCUUUAUGUUGCAUUUUCUGGCGUUGUAAGACAUGAUGAACGGGAUGACGGUCGAGUUAAAGUAGUCCCUGGGACGCAGUACAUAUACAUCAAACGUGCGA